AUAAGCGGAUAUUGAUUUGAAACAGCAUCAGUCAUCCAAAAUACAUCUGAGCAAAAACAAGAUGCUCAACAAUAGAGUUUUAGUUUCUAUCACAGCUACACUGCUUGUAGCUUUGGUGAUUCAAGCUUCCGCUGCUGAUUGGAGAAAGCGUAAUCCAAAUUCGGAAGAAGCGCCAAAGUUGGUAAAACUUUCUAAUGCUUCCUGGACUAGCACAUGGAAUCCUAAUGUAACAGCCAACUGGACAACUCCUAGGUAUCCUAAUUGGACUACAACCAUUUCACCAAACUGGAAUACGACAUGGAAUCCCAAUGUCACUGCUAACUGGACUACUCCUAGAUACCCUAAUUGGACCACAACCAUCUCACCAAAUUGGACUACAACAUGGAAUCCUAACGUAACAGCUAACUGGACCACAACUUUUUCACCAAACUGGACUAGCUCAUGGAAUCCUAAUGUAACAGCCAACUGGACAACUCCUAGGUAUCCUAAUUGGACCACAACCAUCUCGCCAAACUGGACUAUAACAUGGAAUCCUAAUGUAACAGCCAAUUGGACUACAACGUGGAAUCCUAAUGUCACUGCUAACUGGACGACUCCUAGAUACCCUAAUUGGACCACAACCAUCUCACCAAAUUGGACUACAACAUGGAAUCCUAAUGUGACAGCCAACUGGACAACUCCUGGGCAUCCUAAUUGGACAACAACCAUUGCACCAAACUGGAAUACUACAUGGAAUCCCAACGUGACAGCCAAUUGGACAUCAACUACAUGGAGGCCACAUAACACAACAAUUUCACCAAAUUCGACAAUUACCUGGCAUCCUACCAUUAGACCUAAUGUUACUACUUUACCUCCUCCUCCUCCUCCACCUGCACCUCAAGAGCAAGUUUAUGAGGAGAGGACAAAGGUGUCCUUUUCGUACUUCAAAGAAGUCUUCAGGAGAGUAUGGGGUGAUGGUACUAAGGAAGUUCAUGAGGAAUACCAUCUGGAUUAAAUUUGAACAAAAUCAAAUAAUUAUUAAAUUAGUAUUGUCCAAUAAAACUAGUAAUCUUUUAAAUGUUUUUUUAUUAUAUUUAUUUCAACUUUACUACUAUAGUUACCUACCUGAAUGAAAUUUAUAUUAAAGAAUUAUCACUGAAUCAG